AUGGAUUCUAAUCCAUUUUUGAAUUUAAAUUUUGUUGAUCUUCUCCAAAGUCAACAAGAUAGUGGCAUAGGUUUAGAAUCUUCUCUCAUUCCUUUAUUUGGCACGCAAGCCACAGAAGAUUCAAACUUCGAGCCAGACAGUCCACUGCAGCGUAAAGAACGGAGGUCUUGGUCGCAAACAGAUGAUGAGGUCCUCAUCAGCUCUUGGCUUAACACCAGAAAAGAUGCGGUAGUUGGGACCGAGCAAAAGUCUGGGGCCUUCUGGAAGAGAAUAGUAGACUACUUUGCUGCUAGCCCAAAGCUUGCAGGCCUUGAAAAAAGAGAGCCAUUGCACUGCAAGAAUCGGUGGCACAAGAUCAAUGACCUUGUCUGCAAGUUCUGCGGAGCAUAUGAAGCCGCAGCAAGACAGAAAACUUCAGGCCAAAAUGAGAAUGAUAUUCUCAAACAAGCUCAUCUUAUCUUCUUGAACAACAAUAAAAAAAAUUCACUCUGGAACAUGCGUGGAAGGAGCUUCGCCAUGACCAGAAGUGGAGAGGACGAUGCUCAAUCCUCAACAUCUCACGCAACUGAGGAUGUGGCUGGUGAAACGGUUGAGCGGCCCCCUGGUGUUAAGGCUGCCAAGCGCAGUGGUAAGAAGCCAAUGGAAGAGGAGAAGGGGCGAGAGGAGUUUGAGCGGAUUUGGUACUUUAAGCAAGAGGAUUUGUGUAGGAGAGAAAGGCUCUCCAAGAUAGGUCUACUUGACCGUCUACUUGCUAAAACAGGGCCACUCCAUGAGUAUGAAGAAACGCUAAAGAAGAAACUCAUCACUGAGUUGUUCUCUAUGUCGUUGCUGUUUCAUGUUCGUGUUUGUUGUUUGUUUCAGAUUCAUGAGCAAUGGGAGUGGAAUAAUCAGAGACGAAGAAGCUCUAUUAUGCUUGUGUCACGGGCGAAGAAGCUCUACUAUGCUUGUGUCACAGGCGAAGAAGCUUUGGUAUACUUGUGUCACGGAGUGAAGUAG